UAUGUACAGCACUGGUAAGACGUCACAAAGACAGUAUGGCCGGACAGCAUCGGCUGUCUGCAUUGUAACUUUAGGUGAACGCUUUCCGGGGGUUCUAAGGGAUAUUUUUAAAGAAAUAUGUCGGAUUAUUUGAGGUCUGCUUUGGGAUACUUGAAUGGAGCGACAAAUACAAACGAAUACGUUGGACAAAUACUGGAAAUCAACAAUGUGAAAUUACGCGUGACCAGGCUACUCGCCGAGGGUGGUUGGGCUUUGGUAUUCUUGGUAGAGGAUGUUAAUACAGGAAAAGAAUAUGCGCUUAAGAGGCUCAUUGCAGUCGAUGAAGAUGCAAACAAAAGUAUUAUACAAGAGAUAGAGACUUUAAAAAGGUUAUCGGGUCAUCCAAAUAUAAUUCAGUACCUAUACGCUCAACGUUUGGAGCGAGAAGAUCGUAACGGAUAUGAAUAUUUAUUGGUGACGGAAUAUUGUUCAGGUGGCACGGUAGCGGAUAUACUGAGAAACUUAUCAUCGAAUUCUUUGAGUCUUGCCCAAAUUUGUAAGAUAGCGUAUCAAGCAACAAAGGCUGUACAUCAUAUGCACAGUCAACAGCCUGAACCACUCAUACACCGUGAUAUAAAGCUAGAAAAUUUCUUAAUUGGAAAUGAUGGUCUGAUUAAACUUUGCGACUUUGGAAGUGUUACCGUUCAACAGAUUUUACCAAAUCAAUCAUGGAAUGCUCAAAAACGUGCUACUUUAGAAGAUCAAAUGGCAAAAUAUACAACACCUAUGUAUCGUGCACCUGAAAUGAUGGAUACAUGGAAUAACGAGCCUAUCGGUCCACCGGUUGAUUGUUGGGCACUGGGUUGUAUCUUAUAUUCCCUAAUAACGCUAAGGCAUCCAUUUCCCGAAGGUAAUAAACUUGCAAUCGUUAAUGGCAAGUAUCCAGCAAUUCCUGCCAAUCCUCGUUUAGCCUGUGUCCACGAAAUAGUAAAGGGAUGUUUAGAAGUGUCUCCUGUUCGAAGACUUGCAACAUCGAUGAUUCUGGAACGUCUUGCAGCGAUAGCUGAAUCUAAUAACUUUGAUCCCAGAGAACCCCCGAAAGUAGAAAUCGUAGUUAAAACCCCGCCACCUCCUAGACCCGCCCCACCACCUGCUACACCUACUCCACCACCGCGACCCUCUCCUCCGGUAAAUAUGCCACCUCCGAGACCUGCACCAGCUCAAACGGCUGUGGCAAAAAUUCCUGUAGCUCAACCGACAGGCCUAUUUAGUUCAUUAAAGGGUGGUGCUGGUAGCAUUCUACGUAACUUAAAGGAUACCUCAAGUAAAGUGAUGCACUCUGUGCAACAAAGCAUGGCUAGAACUGAAUUAGACGCAAGUUACUUAACGUCUCGUAUACUAAUAAUGCCCUAUCCAGCGGAUGGAAUAGAGUCCGCCUAUCGAGCCAAUCACGUGGAGGAUGUUAGAGCGUUUCUUCAAGCACGGCAUCCAGUUCCUGCUCGCAUUCAAUUAUACAACUUGUCACGUGGACGACCCAACGUAUCUAGACUUCCCGGUAGACAUAUAGAUUGUUCAUUCGCCUAUGCUUCGUCGGACUCGAAUGCUCCUUUACUCUCUGCAUUAUAUCAAAUUUGUCAAGAUAUCUAUCGAUAUUUGAACGCCGACUUCAAUCACGUUGUAGUGUUAUAUUGUACUGACGGAUAUCGUGCAAGCGCUACAAUUGCGUGUACAUUACUUAUUUAUGCUAAAGCAUUAAGAACCCCCGAAGAAGCGAUAGCGUUAUUCACAACAAGACGUUGUCAGCCGCCUCAAUUACAACCUUCAGAAUUUCGCUGUAUUCAUUACAUGAGUUUAUUGAGUAGCGGUGUCCUUCCCCAUACGAAACCGUUGACUCUUCGAACUUUAAUUAUACAACCGGUACCGUUGUUCACAAGAGCAAAGGACGGUUGUCGACCGUACAUUGAUGUCUAUAGUAACGGUGCGUUAGUUUACUCUACUAAGCGACCAGAGUACGAGGAGAUGAGAUUAUUCGGUAUGAUGGAGGGAAAAGUUCCUUUAGCAUUGGCUAACGCAACGGUUCGCGGAGACGUUACAAUCGUGAUAUUUCAUGCUCGGCAACAACUUGGCCGCGUGAUCGGAAUUAAGAUCGCAUCGUUUCAUUUUCAUACGGGCUACAUACCUCUGACUGAAACUGCUUUAACGUUCGAGAGAAAAGAUUUAGACGAUGCACCUGAAGUUGGCGGCAAGUUCCGCGUCAUUUUAAAUAUUAGUGUAGCCGAAGAGAAUCCAAAAUUAGCUAGAGUUCCGGCGCCAUGGGAAGCAGAAUUAUCCUCGGCAAAACCAGAACCCGAUGCGUUAUUUGGAUCAACUUUAGAAAUGGAGGAGACAUUAGAAAACUUUAGAACCGCUCGAUCGGAAGAGGUUCAGAAAGAAAUACCCACUGCACCCGUAGCCGAAGCACCAAGCAACGUUAACGUACAACAAGAAGUACCUCAGGAAGUAGAGAACGUAGAAGAAGAAACAAACGAGGAAAUUAAAUUCCAAGAAGCCGAUCUAUUGAACCUAGGGAUGCCAGACACCAGUACCUUAAAUACUCCACGUUCAGCGAAUGCAGGAUUAGAUAUUUUUUCUAACUCUAGUCAAAAUGAAAGUGAUCUCUUAGGAGGUUUUGGUGUUUUUACUCAGCAAGAAGCGAAAAACACGGUACCCACGAUUAGCGAUCCUGUUCAGAAUGAUUUACUAUUCGAGCAUGGUCAGUCUACUAAAAACGAUAAUGCUAACAAUAAUCUAAACGUGAACGAUUUACUCUUCGAUCAAAGUCAAUCUACCGUUAAACCUGAAGUUAACGAUUUGUUGUUCGAUCCAUUGGUUGGAAAUUCUGCGAAGAAUCUUUUGGGAAAUAUGCAAAAUGCUACACCUAAUCCUGCAAAGUCUCCGAAUAUCGAGGAAAACUUUCCACGGAAUUCGAGCGUUCCAAACUUUGCAGCACAAAACAAAGAUCCAUUCGCGAAUCUUGCCAGUUCCCUAGGCUCUGGUCUGACGUCGAGUUGGAACGGUACACCGAGAAAUUCAAAUACUCCACAGUCUGCUAGUCCUGCGCCGGCUAGUACACCGAUUCAUUCGAGUCCUAAUACGCACAAAUCCAAUGUAACUAACGAGACCAAUACCCCAGAGAGCGGUACAUCUGGCAAUAAAUCGACUAAAUCAAGUGGAGAUGCCUUUGAAGAUUUACUCGGGAGUCAAGGAUAUAAUUUUUUUAGUUCGAGAAAAACAGAGAAGGAUAGUCCAAAGACAAUAAAUCAAAUGCGGAAAGUAGAAGCUGCCAAAACCAUGGAUCCGGAUCGACUAAAAAUAGCUGAAUGGACGGAAGGUAAAAAGGGGAAUUUACGCGCUCUUCUCUGCUCGAUGCAUACUGUUUUAUGGCCAGAAGCUGACAGGUGGCAACGUUGCGAGAUGCAUCAAUUAGUUACAGCUGCGGAUGUUAAGAAAGCGUAUAGGAAAGCUUGCUUGGCUGUGCAUCCAGACAAGCAAGCAGGAACAGCUAACGAAAAUAUAGCGAAACUGAUUUUUAUGGAACUGAAUAAUGCUUGGAGCGCGUUCGAAAAUGAUGCAUCGCAACAAAAUUUAUUUACUAUUAUGUGGUGGCUAAGAAGCAAUCUUCGGGCUCUUCUUCAUCCACCCCCGGAUCUACGACAUAUGAUUCACUUCGGUAAAAGGAAGACCACUCUGCAACCUUUCACAAUGAACCUUGCAUGGAUAACACAAACGAAGAAUGCUAAGCAAACAAAGAAGAGGAGAAGUACAAAAAACUUGAAGAUGUUUGGCUUCUCUUGGAAAGUUGUAUUUCUGUUUUUACUGGGAGUUACGUUAUGCUCGGUAGCUUCUUGUACUGCAAAUACUACCAAGUCUGCGAGGGCUCUCAAAGGACGACCUCGAACAUCUUAUGCUCCAUGGCGUAUCGUGCUAGGUUUGACUCAAUCGCAAAGCUCGUUCAAGACAGAUAUUCAAAAAGCAUGGGAGAAAGCAAGGCUGGAGUCGUCUCAUGCAGACAUGAACGUAUCCUACAUAGAGGCUCCACCAAAGACGGAUUCAAUGUCGUAUCCUCUAUCGUUGCUGAACAAAUUCUGUAACGAAAUUAAAGGUGGAAAAACAGUGUUGAGCCUCAUUAUCGGGGGAGGAUCGGCAGCCAGAUUUCUUGUGACAGCUGCAGCUGCUUUAAAUCUUCCAGCGUUAUGGUUACCAUUCACACACGAAGAUUUUCUUCGACAGGGAAACCUUGGACAAUUUGAAAGUCGUAUAGGCUCGAGUACAAAAGAAGUGGGAGCAGCUGCAGCUGCUUUAAUGCAUAGAGCAAACUGGCAUGCAUUUACUCUUCUCAUCGAUACCACUUUACUUCCAGUCACUCAUCUUUUACAAUCUAAUCAGCCAACCUUAAUACCCAGAACGAUUAUAUACCUUCCAACAAAUGACAAGACCUUAAGAAUGAGAAUCAGACGAGUAGCAGAAGAAGGAGGAAGCGGAGGAGUCAUAGUAAUGGCUUGCGACUUAAACAAUGCACGAAGGAUACUUGCAGCUGCCGGUAAAUUUGAAAUGCUCGCUGGAAGAUUUUUAUGGCUCUGGCUAGACCUCAAGGCAGAAUUAAGACCUAACGAACCAAAUAUAAUCAGUUCGCAUAUUAUACACAACUCGAGAGCAUCGGUUGCAACAAAUGAAAAUCCUGUACCAAUAGAAACCAUAAAGCAAAGCGCAAACCUUGUACCCGAAAGCCAAUUAACGUUACAUGCUUUACCAAGUUUAGCUAAUGAUAUACAUCGAUUGCAAGAAUACAGAUGGCAGAACGAAAAAAUCAUAAGUAAACAAGAAGAAAAAGGUUUUAAUUUUGACGACGACGAUGAGGUCGGAGUAACAGACAAAGAAUUAAAUUCAAAAGAUUUUAUGCCAAUCGGUAUGCUUGCAUUAAGACCUUCUGGCAUAAAAUUAAUGGGUAGCGAUACGAUACUAUCCAGAAUGAUAAGAGAAACUUCUCAGGCUUUGGACGAAACAUUUUUAGAAGUAAAAUCCAGGUUGGAUCGGUUAAGAGAAUUACAACUCGAAGAGAACUUUGUACCAGAAUGUUUUCCAGAAAGAAGAACCAAAUUUUUAAUGAGCGAAAUAAGGAGUAACGUUUCUAAGACCUUGACACAGAAAUUGAGAAAUUCUGUAAGUCAAAUUUCCAAGGACAAAGCUAAAUUUCAAUUAUUGAACUUGCAAGCGACAAAGUUCCCUGGAAAUAAGACUCAAUUGAGAUGGACCAAAGUAGGCACUGUUAAAGGUGGGAAGGAAGUUCACCUGGAUACCAUCAUUUGGCCAGGAGGUGGAAUUGUACCCGCAUAUCUAGAACAGGGUGGUGAAAAGAUUGGCAUGCCCAUGUACCGUGUCGUGACUGCGCUUGCAUCACCGUUCACUACGGUAACGAACUUACAAGAGGGUCUUUGUCUCAGAGGGAUAUUUUGUCGUCAAGGGAAUACCGUGAUGUGUUGUUACGGUCUAAGUAUGGACUUGAUGUCCUUGGUAUCCCGCGAAUUAGGAUUUCGUUACGACUUAUACCUGGUGAAGGACGGUUUGUUCGGCAAGAGAAAUGGUAGAACUGGUCCAUGGAAUGGCAUUAUGGGAGAAUUGGUUUCCGGUCGAGCGCAACUUGCGUUUGCACCUCUGAGCGUGUCCGCCCAUAGAGCCGCUGUAGUAGACUUUACGACACCUUACUUCUUCAGCGGAGUAAGCUUUCUCACGGCGCCAAAGCUGAAAUCCGAGAUAUCACUGUUUGCGUUUCUCUUUCCAUUCAGUACGGAACUGUGGAUCGCCGUUUUCACAUUCCUAAACUUUACUGCCAUAGCAGUGGCUUUGUACGAAUGGUUCAGCCCCUUUGGUCUGAAUCCUUGGGGCAGACAACGAAGCAAGAACUUUUCAAUUGCCUCUGCUUUGUGGGUAAUGUGGGGUCUUCUAUGCGGGCAUCUGGUUGCCUUCAAAGCCCCUAAAUCCUGGCCUAACAAGUUUUUAAUCAACAUUUGGGGAGGUUUCUCUGUUAUUUUCGUGGCUUCUUACACAGCCAAUAUAGCUGCCCUGAUCGCGGGCCUUUUCUUUCAUUCGGCAGUAAGCAAUUAUGACGAUAAAAGUUUACUGUUGCAAAAAGUCGGAGCGCCGAGAGCAUCAGCAGCCGACUACUACGUACAAAAGGCAAGCCCACAACUCUGGUCACAUAUGGCUCGAUAUUCGUUGGCGAAUGUCGCCGAAGGCGUAGAAAGGCUAAGAAAUGGUAGUUUAGAUAUUCUUAUAGCAGACACUCCUAUUUUGGACUACUAUCGAGCGAUUGACGAUGGCUGCCGUUUACAAAAGAUUGGAGAUACUAUAAAUGAAGACAUGUACGCUGUUGCGCUUACAAAAGGUCAUCCCUUGAAAGAAAGUAUAUCCAAAGUAAUUGCUAAUUACACGAGUACCGGGUUACUCGACAUCUUACAAGAGAAAUGGUACGGUGGUUUACCAUGUAUUCGAGGAAGAGAGGAUAUGGACACGGGUCUCCAACACGAGCAAGGAGGACAACCCAGACCUUUAGGCGUGGCAUCUGUAGCUGGUGUAUUUUGUUUACUUGGCAUGGGUGUUGUGCUUGGCACUAUUAUACUAGCAGGCGAACACUUGUUUUACAAAUACACCUUGCCCAGAUUGAGACACAGGCCGGAAGACUCUAUAUGGCGUAGUCGGAACGUUAUGUUCUUCUCCCAAAAGCUGUACAGAUUCAUCAAUUGCGUGGAACUGGUGUCACCGCAUCACGCUGCGAGGGAAUUAGUUCACACGGUACGACAAGGCCAAAUUGCUUCUCUGUUCCAAAAAAGCGUGAAACGAAAGGAACACGAACAGCGUCAAAGACGCAGAAGUAAAGCUCAAUUCUUCGAGAUGAUUCAAGAAAUUCGAAGAGUUCAGCAAGAGGAAAAAAUCGAGACAGUGGCAGAGGAGCAAGAAAAAGUAUCGACGUUUAAGUCAGACGAGAAGACGGUGAAAGGACGAGAAAGAAGUAGAAGUAAAAGCCCCCUGAUGCCUCGAAGCCCGAAGAGGUCCGAGAAAAGCAGAAGCUCGACCAAUUUGUCAGGCUCCAGGCUCGGAUUAUCUCCCAUCAAUUUAGAAACCCCUAUGAAACCAAGAGAAUUCACUCUGAGUAGUACGAAUCUCAGGGCAAGAAGUCCAUUGGAAACCGUUGGACGACGACUGAGUCACGGUGACGGUGGCUCACCACCUCCGCGUCUUGGUUCACACUUUGGCGGUAGCGCGACGUUGCGACCUUUAGCCCCGACCAGGAGCGACUCAACCGGAACUGGCACGCCUGCGAUAAAGUGCGCUGGUGAGACCAGCGGAGGUGGUGUGCCAACACCGAGAUACUCUCGGAGUCCAGCGAAACGAGGACAAUCUUUCCCAGUAUUCGCCACUUUAAGACCACCGCAUUCGUCUAACUAUCAAAUGUCCAAGAGUCCCUUACUCUCGCCUAAUAACGAGCUAACGUCGGCUAUUGGACGAAAGUUAUCUCGCGAGUGGGGCUCCGGGACCGUCGACAUCAGCAGAUCCUCCGAAGCCGUUGCCGUUGGCGUUGGCGUUGGCGUUGGCGUUGGCGUUGGCGGUGAUUCCACAUGCACUUUGAACCAAGAAAUGACCUUGUCCCUGGAGCGACCAUCGCACGAGAAAAUAAAAGACGACGCGCUGCCGAUAAAGAAGCCUAUACGACGCGCGAGAAGUCACGAAAACAGAGACAAUGGUAAACUGAUGGCCGAUUUACCAUCGCCGAGAUUCACCGCCCAACCGGUGGUGGGGGGCCGAUCGGUAAGCGAACGAACGAAAAAACAAUUAGAAUCUGAAUUGAAAGCUAUUUUAAGUGCCAGGGCCCAUCAUCGCGACCUGCAUCCCCCUUGAUAGAUCGACACGCCCGCGCCGCUUUAAAGAGUUCUUGAAAGCAGAGCUUCGAGGAUCGUUGCCUCUGAGGGGCUUUGAUUGAUUUAAGCAAUAUCAGAUUUAUAGGUCAAUUUGUAGAGGAAUCCGACAAUUUAACAAAAGGCAAAAACACAAAAAAAAAACACAUGUUUAAAACAUAGGCAAUCUUCAGAGGGUCGUGUAAUAACGAGAGAUUUACGAAGAGCGAACAAUCUCUUUCGUCUAUUCGUGUUGUUGCGUACAUUGAUAAUAUAAUAGGAUAUGUUGAUUAAAGAAAAAAAAGUGCUAGAAACUUUCGUAGAAAUGUCUUAACGAGUAGUGACACUUGAACGAACUACUAAAAUAUUUUCUUGUUGGCAUUUUAACUCUACAUUAACCGUCAGCCUGGACGAGUCUCUCUUGAUUGUAAUUAUGUUUGUAUGUUACGCACUGCCAUAUUUCUUCAUUCAAUUUCAAUUAUGCAUUUAUCGAUAUUUGUUUAAACUUUGAUAAAAAUUCCUUUAUUCACAUAAAGGAACUUGGACGAUUCCAUCGUUAGGAUAAAGAUAAACAUUAAUAAACCGCUGAUUUGCAGAAUUUUUGUCGGAUUGGAUCGCAUACUGCCACUUUGAUAAUGCUCGUGAUCAUAGAGGGAGAGACUCGCCCAAAGGACUCUCGGCGUAGAAUGACCACUUACUACGAAAACACACAUAAUCUCAUAAAUCUAUCGCGCCCAUUUCGAAGAGAAAAUGUUACAGGCGAAUGAAAUUUUAACCGACCGAAUCAUUUUUUUACCGAUUGUAGGUAACUCGCAAUCAGCAAACAUACAAAGUUCAUGAUUCAUUCUUUCAUGACUUCAUUACGUGAUUAUCAACAAAAUCUUAGAUGACAUGGUAAUCGUGCGUUUGCUGUAUCUACAUGAAAAAAAAAAGCGUAUCCUUCGUCGGUUCGUUAGACUGAUAGAUAGACAGAUAGAUGAAAUUUAUUCAGGAAUUGCACGCGAGACAUGGUCGGAAUUGAAAACUACCGUUGUCGAUUGAUGUUUGUAUCCCUUUUUCGUUUCUCCUCCGACGACGAAAUCCUUUCAAUCGGAUGAAAGUGAUUCCAAUCACUCGUUUAAUCCUGCUAUCCAACUUAGAUCGUAGCGUGAAUGUGUGGGACUAAAUUAAUUUAAAAUAAUUCAUGAGCGAGGCCUUAGGAAUAGUCGAUCCGCCCAAUUCUUUACUUGAAUAGCGUUUAUCGUAUUCUGAACAAUUCGCUAUAUUACAAUUACAUAGAGAUAGUUAUUUAGUUUCAUAGUUUCUUGUUAGACCGCUGUAUUCGGACUUAUAAUUAAAUUGCUGAAAGUGUUAACGAGUAAAACUCUCGUGAAUGUAUGUCGUGUGAAUUUCAGUGAACGCAGGAGCUUCACGUUCCAACUUCCGCAAGCAAAUAAGUCUUUCGUUUAGCAAUUAUGUGCACUUAUGUGUUACAAUUUUACUGCAUGAUAACAUAUGACUGCUACAGAUGAAAGUGUCCUGAAUAAUUGCAUUAUCUUGUUCGUUUUCAUUAGGGUCAUUUACAUAAUCAGGGCAUAUAUGUAUAUGUAUAUACACAUAUACAUAUGUAUGCGCCUAUUGUUAGUAUCAUACAGAUUUUUUAGAGUAACUCUUUCAUCGAACUCAUCGAUUGCGCGUUACAAAUGACAAUGUUUUGUCAAUGUAUUUUUGUGUGUUUUUGAGUUACAGGAAUUAUUAAGUUAGAUUCAAAUAUAUUGCAAUUUAUUCAGGAAGUAAUCAAAAUACAAAUAUAGGGGGCCAGUUUAGAGUCACCCAAGCCUAAAUAAAUCAAAGAUAGACUCAUUAAAUUAAAUUAAUUAUAGCUGUAAUUCUUGAUAAGUGGGUUCUACCAGUAAUUUAGUUCAGUAGUGAUCAUACGUUCUCUUUACGAUUUGUUCCAGAGUGUAUAAAACAAAUCUGUCUCCCGAAAGUCCUUGUACAUACAUGUCUUCUACUAGAUACCUGAAGAGACAUUAUUGCACUGAAUUAAAGGUCGAGCCCCCUACUUCAUUGUGCGCCAACAAGAACCUAUACAGUUGGAACUUUGUAUGGAAAGAUUAGAGCAAAAAUUUACAUUUGCUUGUAAUUGCAUUUGUGCUAAUGAAUUAAAAAAUCAAAUUAAUUAAAGAAGAAGAUCAAAUAAUUAUAUGGCGAUGUUGCUUUUAAUGUUUAAAAGUGUAAAUCGGCCUAUUUAAUUUAAGAAAGAGAUGUAUUUUAUUUUUGACAUAGUUUUUUAAUUGAAUCACAUAUGAAAUGAUAAAUUUUUAAUUGCUCUGCUCUUUCCACUAACUAAAUCGAUAUUGUAAAGUGGUAAUUUUGAAAGAAGCAGAUACUAUUCGAAAUGCAUUAUCUGUAUGCAAAGCAGUUGAUAAAAUCCAUAAUAUAGAAGCAAUAGAUCUAAAAUUACAUCAUUCAGAAAAUUAAAUAAAGGCAAGAGAUUGCCACGAGAGAAGACUAGAAGCUGUUACCGCUUGAUAGAUUUAAAGUAAAUUUUUGCAAAUUCAGUUCUUAGAAAUAACUAGUACUUAAAUAUUAUUAUUAACAUCAUAUUAGCUAUAAUAUAUUAAUUCAAUCUCUAAUGGCAAUAAGAAUAUUAUACACUACAAAGCACUGCCAUAAUUUCAACUACUAUUACAUUGAUUUCAAAAUCCUGCCAACUAAUGUUACUACCACAUUAAAUCUCGUUUAACGAAAAAAAACAUUCUUUGAAAACACUCAUAUAUAGACUAUGAGUAAGCGAAAGCUCCUUGUAAGAAAUUAUCUUAUUUGAGAGAAAAUUAUCUUGUUUAGGUUUACGAUAAACUGUAUUAACACUAGGUUUAUGGAGGAUUAGAAGGAUUAAAAUAGAUUUGAAAGAAAAACGGCAAUUUGAAACAGAAAAAACUACACUAUUCAAUUGAUAUGUCAUACAAAAUUCUUAAUAUUUGCAAAAUGUAACUUUCAACAUGGUAGUUGACUUGUAAAUUUCUUAACUGCAUAGAAUGCAAUGCUCAAAGCUAGUCGAUUAAAAUCUAUGAAAAUUAUAAUAACAUUGGAAUAUCAUACUGUACAUACUGAUUUUCAUCAAGUACAUUUGAUUUAUUAUCGCACUAUUAAUUUGGGAGAUGAUAAUAACCAAUGUCCAUUAAUACUCAAAUUACAUUAAAGUUGCAAAAUCUGUCUUAUUACAACUUCAAUGAAAUAGCAACUGUUUUAGAUCAUAAAGUAGAAAAGACAUGUACUUAUAGCCAUAACAAUCAUGAAUAUUCUGUUAUCACGGUGACUUGUUGGCGUACGGUAUUAGGUUAGGUUCCUCGUAACCUACCUCGUCUCUCUUGUUACGCCUACUAUUACACUGUUAUUGUUGAAAACUCCAUAUUAAUAAGAAAUAAAUAUAUUGUCUCAAAAUAACCAUCGCUUUUAAUUCUUUAAAAUUAAUCAAUUAAUAAUUUAAUUUUAAUAUUAUGUUUAUGUAGUUGAAUUAAUCAAAAAAAUAGGACAUAUAACACUAGGAUACGUUCCACUGUUAUUUUUACCCAUUUGAAAUUUCACAAUGUUUUCUAGAAACCAUUCAUAUUUUUUGCUAACAAGCAUAUAUUAAAAUUAACUUUUGUUCAAGUCUCCUAAUUAAUAGACGCCUUUCUGGUAACGAUCUCAGACAACAAUUUAAAAGUAAAUCCAAUCCAAUAGUAGCAUUCUAUUGUA